GCAGACAUCUAUGCUACUUUUCAUGUCUUUGGUAAAACUCAUGUCCACCAUCCUCGGCUUCAGGACUGCUAUUCUCAACCCACCAAGCAUGCCUGUCUGCGGCUGGUCAGCCCCUGAGUCCAGCUGCGCGCCAGGGAUCUUCGGGGUGUGUGUUAGUGCACGCCUACCGCCUACCGCCUACGGCUUACCUGCCAAGUGCCUAGUAGGAAUGUCCACUUUUCCCCCAUGGCGUCCUUUUGCUGCAGCGGCACGAUAAGGAGAAAUCAAUCACUACUACUAGCAACACUACUUGGUGCUACCAACGACCUCGACCUCGACCUCCACCGCCCAUCUCCAAGCUAAACCUGGCUAAGCAACCUCGUCGUUGCAAAGCUUUGCCUUGCUUCCUCCUCCCCCUCCCGCCAAUCCACCCAAACCCGGUCUGCAGGCCCUUCCUUUGUUUGCUGUCCGCUUUGCUUCUGGGCCUGCGACUGCACACUCGCUUUUGGCUUCGCUUUGGCUUCCGUGCCCGCUGGCCUCCCCAUCGCUACUUGCCCCACAACCAACAAUGCAGACGUAGCAGCAGUCACGCCCCCGAAGAUGCGGCUGACCAGGAGAUUGUUGGCCGUCGUUGCCUUCGUGGCCCUCAUUGUCGUCCUGAUCCGAUAUCGCCGGAACGUCCAGUUCACAAUCGAGGAAGCCAUCGAGGAAGUCUCGGCCGAGUGGAAGGCCGCAGAGGAACAGGCCAAGGCCAAGAACAGAGAGCUGCCCCAGGUCAUCUUGCCCUUCGACCAGCCCGCCGACGACAGCAAGGCGGCCGUCGCGCAGCCCGUCGAUGACAAGGCCCACGGCGUCGACAGCCCCGCUGCCGCCGACUCGAACCCUGACGCGAAAAAGGGGGACGCGAAGGCGGCCGUGCCCCCAAGCGAGGAAAGCAAGGGCGACAAUGAUAUACAGAAGCAGGCCGUUGGAGAUACAAAACAGAUCGAGGCCUUCUGGGAGAAGUGGAGUCGUUCUAUAUACGAAUCACGUCCAAAAGUGCCAAAGAUAGCCCUUGGCGGCAGGGCGCAGGCACACAAGCCAAAGGAGGGACAAGUCACCCGGGAGCCAUACCGAGAUCACCUUCGCAACUCCGAAGACGACAUCAACAUCUUGCGCCUGCUACACAAGAAGUUUGUCAGCGGACUGCAGAAGGAAUUUCUGAACAGCACCGUUGAGGGCGAGGGCCAGGACACGAAAUGGGAGGGCCUACCCAUAUUCAAGGGAAAGGGGGUAGUCAUGGUGGGCGGGGGAGAGUACUUUGGCCCGGCCAUCAUCAGCAUACAUAUGCUGCGUCGCACCGGCUGCAACCUCCCGGUCGAGGUCUUCGUCCCUGACCAAAGCGAGUACGAGGAGGUGGUCUGCAAGAACUACCUCAAGAAACUUGGCGCCAGGUGCGUGGUGCUCUCGGACAUACUCGACAAGAGCAAGAUCAAGGUCGGCCGGAAGGACGAUGCGGACCUGAAGAUCUCGCACUACCAGCUUAAGUCUCUGGCGUUGCUACUCUCCUCCUACUCGGACGUUCUUCUUCUCGACAGCGACAGCAUCCCGGUCCUCGAUCCUCUGCUCAACAUCUUCGAGACCGAGCCAUACAAGUCCAAGGGCAUGAUCAUAUGGCCUGACUUCUGGCGCGCCACCGAGAGCCCCAAAUAUUGGAACAUAGCUGGCCGCCAACAGUUCCCCUCGUUUCUGCCGGCCACGGCUAGCGAGGCGGGCCAGCUCGCUGUCAACAAGGCGACCCAUUUGGCGCCUCUGCUCCUGGCCACCUACUACAACAUAUUUGGCCCCGACUACUACUACCCGCUAUUGUCCCAGGGCGCGCUCGGCGAGGGCGACAAGGAGACCUUCCUCGCAGCCGCAGUCGCCCUCAACGCCACAUUUUACAGGAUCAAGACGCCAGCUGCAUCCCUCGGCCGACACGAUGGCGCCACGCAGAAGGGGACAGCCAUGGUGCAACAUCUCCCCUCGGACGAUCUCAAACACGAGUCUACGAGCCGCGAGUCUAUCCGGCCGAUGUUCCUGCACUCCAACACACCCAAGAUGAAUGCGGGCCAUUUGGUGGACGAAGGCGACUUGGUGUCGGUCGACGGGGAGACGAGACUACGAUUACUCGGCUCGAAAGACGAGCUGGUGAAAAGAUUUGGCUUUGAUGUGGAGCAGAGCAUCUGGGACAUUAUGGUGCAGACAGGCUGUGAGCUUCAGGACAUCAUAGAGGAAUGGAAGGGCAGGAAGAGGAUGUGCGAGAGGCUCGCGGAGCAUUAUAAAAAGGUCUUCGGGCCACCAUCUGGGGUCUCGGUUCCAAAGGGUACAUAGACACAGGCGUUUUUAUGUGGCCCAUGGCACGACGGACGGCGUUUUUUUUUUUUUUUCCUUUUGGGAGGACCCAACCCAUGGGGCGUUACUGGCGACUCCGGUGAGCGAGUCGGUGAACGCGAAUUUCUGAUACUUGACUCGAUCACGACACGGGUUGUACAGUAUUCAGCAUGAAAGUACAUACGAAAUGAACAAACGAGAUUCUGACCCGCAACUCCCAGAAAGAAGAAAACAAUUGGCGCAAUGUGCUCACUCAUCGUCAGCGCCGACGAGAACGAAGAAUCGCGCCAGCAAAGGGCCGCGAACUACUCUGCUUACAGUGGUAGUGUCGCACCAGGUCAUGCAGGAACGCCUCGCUCAGCCACAGUUUUCCUUACCGCCUCACCUCCCAGCUGGCGGAUGGGUUGCUGGUGGUGGUCAGAACUCAAAAUAAAAACAACGGAGGACGAAACUCUCUUUCAGCUGCUUACGAAGUACGGAGUACACCCGGCCAACACCGCGCGCCAUUUUUUUUUUAUUCCAUACGACCGAGUGUCCCGUCCACGUCCCCACCCGGCCACGGUGUCACUUGUACGCCAGGGCCAAUCACCUGUCGUGCUGGCCCGCGAAUCCUCCUGAAGGGACCAAAAAAAAAGAGAGAGAAGAGGAAGCGAUUCACGCGGGUGUCGUGUCGGCGCGUUCUAGAACCCCUUUGAGUCGAAGCGGCCAGAGCACGUCCCCUUUGUACUGAGUACCUUUCUUUCAUUUGUGUCCCCAUGCCCCCACCCACCCGUUCAGCCCGUGCCUCCAUCCCAAAACCCCCCUUGGAAGUGCAACACAAAGAAGACAAGAAAAAUGAAGGCUGCCCCGACACUCCGGGGCCCAAAAAGCUUGGCACAGCCCUGGGAGGAACCGAUCGACGGCCGGGAUCUCUGGGGUUACUGUGGUAUUCCACGCACCCACGACGAUGAAUUCAGUUAGCUGCUGUUACCUUGGGCAGCCAGGCAAUCAAAAUUAGGAUCCUGUCCGGGCUGGCCCCAUUGCUCAAAAUAACUCCCUUAUCGCGCCAUACUGUUCUAGCGCCGGCGAGUCACGAGCGACCUCAGGAGCACACGAAAAUGGGCCGAAGGAAGAAACGGUGCGUCCAGGACAUAUUGAGGGUCCAAAAAAUAACAUUAACAUGGCCGAAAUCGUAUCGCCCCGGCGUUUCCAACUCUAUUCGAGGAGAGGGUAUCCGGGACAUCUCUAAAUGAGGGACAAACAAGUGUGAGUACUCCGCAAUAGUAGUAGUUGUUGUUGUACUGUAGGAGUACGGAGUAAUAGUAGUAGUAGAACCGUGACCUCUUCAAGCAAAUUUGGACACCGUUCCCACCGCCGAUUUUCCACCUCUUACCAAAACGCCGUCCAUUAAGCAAAUACCAAGUCACUCCAACAAUCCUGGGGGGUAUGAUAGAGUAGAACCACCCGACCAGACCGGAACGCCCUGCUUGUUUUGAAGGUCAAUCGCAGACGAAUGCAACGUGCGCGAAACGCAAAACCCCCGUUUCCCCCUCCUCCCCGUGCCCGUGUGAGCGGAUGCAGGUUCUUCCCCAACUCCCAAGCAGCAAAGCAGUGUAAACCCACGCCCGCCUUCCCGCGCUAGUCAUGGUUCCCCAAGUCAAGCCCGGGGGGUGCUUCAUCAAAUAGAGUUCAAUGAGACACCUGCCGAUCGCGUACUGUGCAUCUGCACGCUGUCUUUUUUGAUCUGCCUGGCAUUGCCUUGCCUUGCCUUGCCUUGC